AUGGACCAAGAGAAUUCUACACAGCGUUUAGAGUUUCUCCUCCUCGGGUUUUCAGAAGACCCUGACUUACAGCCCUUCAUCUUCUGGCUUUUCCUCACCAUGUACCUGGUCACUGUCAUUGGCAACUUGCUCAUCAUCCUGGCGAUCACCUCUGACCCUCUCCUCCACGUGCCCAUGUACUUUUUCCUCUCCAAUCUCUCCUUUUCUGACGUCUGCCUUACCACCACCACCAUCCCCAAGCUGCUGUCCAACAUACAGACCCAAAGAAGGCACAUCUCCUUCCACACCUGCAUCACCCAGAUGCAUUUUUUUAUCCUCUUUGCCGGGCUGGAAAACUUCCUUCUGACGGUGAUGGCCUACGACCGCUUCGUGGCCAUCUGUCACCCGCUGCGCUACACGGCCAUCAUGAGCCCGCGGCUCUGUGUGUUGAUGGUUCUGGGGUCCUGGAUGGUGAGCAUCCUGCAUUCUCUCUUGCAGUGUCUCAUGGUGCUGCGGCUGUCUUUCUGCUCCGACUUGGAAAUCCCUCAUUUCUUCUGCGAACUCAAUCAAGUGGUCCGACUGGCUUGUUCUGACACCUUGCCCAAUGACCUGGUGAUGUAUUUCACAUCUGUGUUGCUGGGUGGGGGGCCCCUGGCGGGCAUCCUGUAUUCUUACGCGAAGAUUGUGUCCUCCAUCCGGGCCAUCUCUUCAACCCAGGGGAAGUACAAGGCGUUUUCCACCUGCGCAUCACAUCUGUCCGUGGUCUCCUUGUUUUACUCUACAAUCCUGGGCGUGUACCUCAGUGCUGCAACAACACACAGCUCACACCCCAACGGGGCCGCCUCGGUGAUGUACGGCGUGGUCACCCCCAUGCUGAACCCCUUCAUCUACAGCCUGAGGAACACGGACAUCAAGAGGGCUCUGAAAAGACAUCUCUGA